CGAGUGUAGAGUCACAGCAGAGAGCUUGGCACAACAAGCAGCCGCCAGUACGACGUACUAGGAGCAGAGAGCACCGGCUGAGACUGCAAUUAUUUCUGCCACCAUGCGUGUUGGAUAAUAUACCCUUCAGUGAGUGGGAGCAAAGAACUGAAGAAUAAUGGCUGCUGGGAAGUUUGCCAGUUACCAUAGAAAUGUGCAAAUGAACCACCAGUUCCCACUGGUAUCAUCAAUGGACCUUUUGGGCAGCAAAUCUGCUCUUGGCGAGAGGCGAUCAGAUGCAUUUAAAAAUGUAUGCAUCCACGGGACUCUUCCACGGAAGAAGAAAGAAAGGGUUCCUAUCAGAUCCUCUGACAUGUUCUGCCAUAUGGGGACAUUACCCCACACUAAAUCACACAGACUGCCUAACCCUUUAAUGCAGGAUAUUAAAGAGGACUAUCCAUUUCAGGAGAGGAGAACAGGAAUAUUCAAUAUGAGAGAACACUAUCUGGAUCCAGCUAUGGAAUAUGUCAAGUUUUCCAAGGAUCGCUAUAUUAUGGAUGGUGGAACCCCAGACAAGCUGAAGAAGGAGUUAGAGGAAGAGUUAAAGCUGAACAGUGAAGAUUUAAGGAGCCAUGCUUGGUAUCAUGGGAGGAUUCCACGGCAGGUAUCUGAAAGCUUGGUGAAACGAGAUGGGGAUUUUCUUAUAAGGGAUUCACUGUCAAGUCCUGGAAACUUUGUGCUGACCUGUCAGUGGAAAAAUCUCUCCCAACAUUUCAAAAUAAAUAAAGUAGUCAUCAGGCUGAAUGAAGCCUAUUGCCGGAUUCAGUACCAGCUGGAACAUGAAAGCUUCGACAGCAUCCCUGCCUUGGUUAGAUUCUAUGUUGGUAAUCGCAAGGCCGUGUCCCAGCAGAGCGGAGCCAUCAUUUUCCAGCCCAUUAACAGGACAGUGCCUCUGCGGUGCAUUGAGGAGAAGUAUGGUACCUCUCCUGUCAGACGGCUGGAACUGGGCAUCAUGGAAGUGAAAUCAGAACCCACUAAACGUCUGAGCCUUAACUUUGGACAAGGGAUCUCCCAGGAACAGAGCCUUGUCAGGGGCAACCUACUAAGAAAUAAAGAAAAAAGUGGGAGCCAACCAGCAUGCCUGGAUAAUAUGCGGGAAAAACGCCGACCUCUGAAAGCUCAUCAGUCGGAAAGCUACUUGCCUUUAGGUUCUCGGCAACCAUGUUUAUCACAAGGAAUGGAUAUGAAAACAUCUCCCAAACCCCAUGUCUUCAGGACUGGGAGUGAACCAACCCUUAGCCCUACAGAAAUCAGGAGGUUCAACCACGAGGUUCAUCCUGUUGAAGCUCUAAGAGGAUCAGACAGUCAGCUGUGCCCUAGGCCUCCUCCAAAACCCACCAAAGCACCUUCCAUAAAGCAAUCGCAGUCUCCAUUGGUGUGGCAGAGUUCAGAGGCAAACUAUUGUGAGUUUCACCCUACUCCCCCAGAGGACUGUGCUUGGUCUGACUCCCACUCGUCUCACAACAGCUAUAUAGAAGAUCAAAGGACAGAUGAAAUAGAGACAUUAUCUUUCAGCAACUCUGAACUGAGCUUCCCUGCAUUGGAUGACAGUAUUUCCCAGUGCUCAGCAACAGAUUUUUGUGGGAACGUAGAAGAUGAUGAGUUUAUUAGGCCAGUUUAUGAAACGGUUUCAUCUUUUUGCCCAAAUGACUUUCAAUCCGUUCUCCUGACUGCAGAGAACAAACCACUUGAAACCUCUCUGCUGAGACGGGCCAAAGAACUGUUCACUAAUAAUGAUCCAAGGACUAUUGCAAAACACAUCCUCAGGAUGGACUGUAAGGUUGCUAGGAUACUGGAUGUCACGCCAGAAGUGGAGAGGAUGAUGGGAGUAAGCUCCGGACUGGAACUCAUUAUUCUACCCUAUGGGCACCAACUACGCUUAGACCUAAUGGAAAGGCACAGCACCAUGGCUAUUGGCAUUGCAGUGGAUAUACUGGGCUGUACAGGGAAUUUAGAAGAGAGAGUCGCAACAUUGCACAAAAUCAUCCAACUUGCAGUAGAAGUGAAGACACUGGGUGAUUAUUUUGCCUUUUCUGCCAUCAUGAAAGCACUGGACAUGCCUCAGAUUACAAGACUGGAACAGACUUGGACCAUGUUACGCCAUCAGUAUACACAGACUGCUAUCACUUAUGAAAAACAACUGAAACCAUUUAGUAAAUAUCUCCAUGAAGGGGAAGCUUUGGAUGCUCAAGAAGAUGUGACUGUCCCUCUAGUGAUGCCUCUAGUUACAUUGCUGGAACGGCAGUCUGUCCUUUUUGAAGGAAUGGACUUCUGGGAAAACAACGAUCGAGGCUGUGAAAUUCUGUUUAACCACCUGCAAACAGCUCGGCAGGUAGCUCACAAUGCAACUGUGUAUAAAAAGAAUGCACAGAGAAUACUGGAAGGAUUUAAACCUGAUGAAUUGAUGAGUGAAAUCUUUAAAACAGAAUUUCAGAUGCGACUGCUGUGGGGCAGCAAGGGAGCGUUGUUAAAGCAGAGUGAAAGAUACCACAAGUUUGGGCAAAUCCUGACGGCUCUGUCCCGGAAACUGGAACCUCCUUCCUAAACAAGUGACCACUGGUUAAAUGUUUUAACAUGAAAUCGUUGCUAUUUGCUAUGUAGGACAGAGACUUCUGUGAGUGAAACAGACACAUAUGUGUAGAUGGGAUAACAAGACAUUCCCCAGUUGUGUACGUUGCUGUAAAUGUAUGAUGUAUAUUUGUUUUUAAUAUGUGCAUAGCUCCUAUUUAUUUACUGUCCAUAACAUGUAAUGGGGUCAGCGACACUGAAAAAGGCUUCUGAUAGAAUUUACUUUCAUUCAGUAUUUCUCAAUGAUUCCUCCUGUGCAGAACUCCAGGGCAGGGAUUUUAAACUGAAAACUUGCUGCCAGAACAAGGCAUAUUUUAGAUUUUUUUUUUUUUUCAUUGUAAAAAUAGCAGAAAUUGGCUCAAAUUUCAGACAAUUAAAAUGCAUGGAAUGUU